AUGCCCAAUCUGCCGCCCCAAAGAGUUGUUCGUUCACGUCCCUUUUUGAAAAUAGGGCUAGAUUAUCUAGGCCCACUCUACCAUAAAAAUAUCUACCACGAGAAAGCCAAUAUUUGGAUAUGUCUCAUUACAUGUAUGACAACCCGCGCUGUUCAUCUUGAAUUGGUCUUUAAUAACUCAACUCAAGAAGGCGGUUUUUACGAACGCCUUGUUCGUAUUUUUAAAUCCGCGUAUCGCAAAACAGUUGGUUGUAAUGUCCUCUCCUUACAGCAGUUACAAACGCUUGUCACGGAAAUUGAAGCA